AUGCAAAAACACAAUAUAAAAUUAAACCAAAACCAGGAUAUUUCCCAAUUAUUCCACGAUGAAGUACCCUUAUUCGACAACUCUAUAACUUCAAAGGAUAAAGAAGUCAUUGAAACUUUAUCUGAAAUAUAUUCUAUAGUAAUCACACUAGACCACGUAGAGAAAGCCUACCUAAAAGACUCCAUAGAUGACACCCAAUACACUAAUACUGUUGACAAAUUACUAAAGCAGUUCAAGGUCUACCUGAAUUCUCAGAAUAAAGAAGAGAUAAACAAGCAUUUCCAAUCCAUAGAAGCGUUCUGCGAUACAUACAACAUCACUGCUUCGAACGCAAUAACAAGACUGGAGAGGGGCAUACCAAUUACAGCAGAACAUGCGAUAUCCACUACCACAUCGGCUCCCUCUGGUGAUAAUAAACAAAGUUCUUCUAGCGACAAAAAGUUUAAUGCUAAAUACGUCGCUGAGGCCACUGGUAAUUUCAUCACUGUAAUGGAUGCUUUGAAACUAAACUAUAAUGCAAAAGAUCAAUUACAUCCCUUAUUGGCUGAACUGUUAAUCAGCAUAAAUCGCGUCACCAGGGAUGAUUUUGAGAAUAGAUCAAAACUCAUUGACUGGAUUGUCAGAAUAAAUAAACUCUCAAUUGGUGACACUUUAACUGAAACACAAAUUAGAGAACUUCUGUUUGAUCUAGAACUAGCCUAUAAAAGUUUUUAUGCUUUACUGGAUUAA